AUGGGUUCUGCUUCCAGGACUUCCCAGGCCCGUCUGCAGAACGAUUUCGGCGCGGACUACUGGGUUCGCAAUAAGGAGGAGCACCGGCAAGCUACGGCUGGACGGGGCCUGUUCGCUGGUCUACAGGACGUCAAGCAUUACAACGUGGACCACGGCUGGGCGCGCCGCAGGUCUGGCGACUCUCCGAGUGGACUGCUUGCACCUCUCUGGAACCGUGUCACCGGUGGGUCGUAG